UUAGCAAUUCGUUCAGUUCUAUUCACAAUGCGUCUGCUCGCACUUUUCGCCAUUUGCCUGUUGGCCUUGUUUGUGCUCCCCUCUUCCGCUCAGGAGGGCUUCUGUCCCUGUCCAUUCAUUUUUAGGCAGGUCUGUGGCAGUGAUGGCAACACCUACAGCAACGAGUGUCAGCUGAACUGUGAGAUCAAGCGCGUAGGUCGCCAAGGGCGCAAUCUCUUCAAAUCCAGAGACGGACCUUGUUAAUUUCGUAUUAUUGGAAUGAAUAUAAACUAAUAUGUUACAAAGAUUGUAAAGAUUGUCAAAUAAAUAUUGUUACAAGUA